UCUCCGCACUCUUCUCCAGUUUCCGAGGAAUGUUUUAUGUGGUAGGUCGUCGCGUCGUGUGUCCAAAUUAUAAAUAUUUAACUGGAAAAAGAUGCCGUCACUUUGUGCCGUGAAUGGAUGUAAAAUCGCUAAUCAACCGGAUGUGAUUGUUCACCAAUUUCCUGGCGACCAGCCGAGGCUAGACUCUUGGAUAGCGUUUUGCGGACGUGAUUCGGGCUGGUCUCCUCAGAAAAAUCAAGGAAUCUGUUCAGUCCACUUUCCAAACAGUAGCUACGACGAUGGGCAGCGCAAUCGGCGCAAGACAAAAAUUCCUCACCAGUUGGUUGUUAACGCCAUUCCUGUGUUACAUCAAGCAAAAAAUUUUGAAGAUGUCAAUUUGGAGGCACCAACGGAUAUUAAACAGGAACCGAAGCAGGAGCCUGACUCGGCUGCACCCGAAACCGAGCAUCUGGAUAUCGUGGUGGAACUGCUGGAUCCCAUGAAAGAAGAGGAUUCAGAUCCCAUCGGAGAGCUGGAUGAGAAACGUGUGAAAACACCGUUAGUUGCUUUCGAUGAGCCACGGUGUCUAUUCUGUCUAAAGUCAUUCCGAGAAGCCGCAGGACAAGGAACUAUGACACGGAAAAUGGUCCUGUUUGUGUUGGGCGCCCGAAAGUGGGUUGCUUUUUCGGAAAGUCCGGACUGCUGCCAGGAUUGUCAGAAGAUGUUUGAAAUGUUCAACGAGUUCAAAAAAUCCUGCUUGGAAGCUUUGGCGCAUUCAACACAACUAAUCGCCGACAAAACUUUUGAAAUUAAAACGGACGAUUGUGAGCCGGAUGUCGUGACACCGCCGAAAAGAAAGGUCGGACGACCGAGGAAAAUAUCCAAAUCUCAGCUACAAGAGUCAUCCGAAUCGGAUAAUGAAGGACCGAGCUUCCAAGAUGACGUAGAAGACAAUUUUAUACCAAUUAAUGAAGAUUUCAAACUGGAUGUCAGUGAACCAGAACAGCAUGAUAAAAAAUCGGACAACGAAUGUGCUUCGAGCAAUACAGCAUUGAACAUAUGUCCAUCCCCAACAGGAAAAGAUGAAAAGAAUUCAACAAAAGAACCAUCCUCAAAUGAUAAAAAGCCCAGAAAACGUAAAUAUACUAAAUCAACUGCCAAAGUUGACAAACAGCCGCCGGAUGAUUCCAAUGGCGUCUCGUCAGCACCAUCGAAUUCAGAACCUGAGCAAAGCACUAAACAACAACCGAAAGAGCGCAAAAAAAGAGGCGUUUUCCCGUGCACCAAGUGCGAGCAAGUCUUCCGCACAGAACAUCAAUUGACACUCCACAUCAACAGACACUUGGGCGUUCGAACGGUCCCUUGCCGCCGAGAAGGCUGCAACAAGAAGUUCUUCGACACGACACAUCGCCACGCGCACGAAAUCGGCUGCGGCAAGGAAGUGAAGAUCAUGUGCACAGUGUGUGGCGCCAUCUUCCGUUCGAUGAGCGCCUUGCGCACCCACAUGGCCAGCCAUGGCGAGCUAAAGUUUUUCUGCAAAAUUUGCGACAAGGGUUUCUUCCGCAAAGCCAAACUGGACAAGCACGCUUCGGUGCAUUCCGAGCAGCGUAACUUUGAAUGCAACAUUUGCGGGAAGCGCUUCAAAUCGAAAGAAGCCAAUCGGGUGCAUCAGCGUGUUCACACAGAGGAACGGCCGUACGUGUGUCACAUAUGUAACAACGCGUUCCGGUAUAACUGCGGUCUCAAAGCUCAUCUGGAGAAGGGACACGACCCCUCAGAUUUGAGACGACCGGAACCGACAACUGCCCCAACCGCUGGCUACGAAUCUUCAGGAGGAUUUUUCUAAGGUUAGUGUAUCCACAAUUCGAAUUAGUUUCAAGACAGAUUUUAGGAAACAA